CGUGUCACAUCUCUUUCUUUCUUUCAGACGAACUGAGAGUAGUGCUAGAAAAUUCUAGAAUAAAUGAAUGAUUGUGAAUUAAAUUAAUCAUAAUUCGACUAUCACUUAUUAAAUUAUAAUACAUUCAGUUUCGCAUAAUCGAUCGUUUCGUGCCAAAAGUGACUUUUUUUAAAUCAGAAAACUUCGUUCAUUUAAUUAUUCGUGACUGAUUUUCUACAUCAUUUUUACACACAUUCUCAGUGUUCAAAGGGUGAAAUCCAUGCUUUUCCCAAGCAACAUCGCUAUCGAUAAAAUAAUAUCAUUUUUGGUUGGUGAUUUUUGAAAUAAAAUAUGGUGAAGGAGACUACUUAUUAUGAUAUACUUGGAGUGAAACCCAAUUGUAACAAUGACGAAUUGAAGAAAGCUUACAGAAAGUUGGCUCUUAAAUUCCAUCCUGAUAAGAAUCCCAAUGAAGGUGAAAAAUUUAAACAAAUCUCGCAAGCUUACGAAGUGCUGUCGAAUGCGGAUAAAAGGCAGAUUUACGAUCAAGGAGGUGAACAAGCUUUGAAAGAAGGUGGUAUAGGUAGCAAUGGACAUUCACCUAUGGAUAUAUUCGAUAUGUUCUUCUCCGGAGGACCUUUCGGAGGCGGUGGUAGAAGAAGACGCGAACAUCGAGGCAAAGACGUAGUCCAUCAAUUAGCUGUUUCGUUAGAAGACUUGUACAAAGGCGCUUCGAGAAAGCUAGCUUUAGAAAAGAACGUCAUUUGCGACAAGUGCGAAGGCCGAGGUGGUAAGAAAGGAGCCGUAGAGACAUGUUCGAAUUGUCGUGGUACUGGUUACCAAGUCACUGUCCAACAAUUGGGUCCUGGUAUGAUUCAACAAAUUCAAAGUGCAUGUUCAGAGUGUCGCGGAGAAGGCCAACGUAUCAAUCCGAAAGAUCGAUGUAAAACGUGUAAUGGCAGAAAGACUAUUCGAGACAGAAAAAUCCUCGAAGUACAUAUUGACAAAGGUAUGCACGAUGGCCAAAAAAUCGUUUUCAACGGAGAAGGUGAUCAAGAUCCAGGCCUUGAACCUGGUGAUAUUGUCGUCCUCCUCGAAGAAAAAGAACAUCCUGUAUUCAAACGUACCCGAAAUGAUCUAAUACUUCGUAUGACCAUUGAUCUAGUUGAAGCGUUGUGUGGUUUCCAGAAAGUAAUACGUACAUUAGAUGAUAGAGAUUUGGUAGUUACUGUGAUACCAGGUGAAGUUAUUAAACCUGGAGAUGUUAAGUGCAUAGUAGGCGAAGGUAUGCCUCAUUAUAAGAAUCCGUUCGAGAAAGGCCGUUUAAUCAUUCAGUUCUUAGUAGAAUUCCCUCAAUCACUUCCUCCCGAAAAAAUUCCAAUGUUGGAGAGUUGCUUACCAGCGAGAUCAGAAGCUAUAAUUCCAGAAAACGCCGAAGAAUGCGUGUUAUUAGACAUGGAUUCGGCUUCGGAUAGGAAAUACGACCAUAAUCAAAGUGGUAACGCUUACGAUGAAGAUGAACCCAGCAUGGGAGGUAGUCGAGUACAAUGCGCAUCACAUUAAACAGAAACAGAAACAGAUCCGCUCCGUUUGAUACGCCAGCGAUGAUAAAAAACGACGCACUUUUUAUUUUAUUAAUUUUUUUUUUCUUCUCUGUUUUGUGUUUAAAUAUACAAUGUGAAUGAUUCAGUCGUCGUCAAACAUUCAUGAUGCGUAGUAAAGCUUUAAUUUUUUCCAAGUUCGCAAGCCGAAUGCAUUAUUACAACGCAGCGAGUGCUGCUGCCGAAACCAGAAUAAAAAUGUAGCGUUUUUUUUUUUUUUUUUUAAUUCUCCUGUAUUUGACCCUACGUACUUAUAUGUACCCAACUGUUCCCUUUUAUCGUCGUUCUCUUUGACUUCAUGUUUCGUUCCAUAGGUGUAUUUCUGUAUUACGUUUGUGAAAAUAAUAUGCAAAUUUACGUGUUAAUACUAAGGUUUAAUGUGGUUUAUUGUACCAUUACGCGAAAUGUGUAUUGACGUCGUUCUUUAUUAAAGUUUAAUCUUCUGACCGGGUA